UGCUCUUGGAGAGGUCACUCCGGAGACCGCGGAGCCUUUGGGGCGUGGGAGUCGGUGGCAGUAUGUGGCGCGUCUGUGCGCGGCGGGCGCAGAGUGCAGUGCCCAGGGCCGGGCUCGGGGCUCGGUGGGCAGCCCUGAAGGAAGGCCCCAGGACCCCUUGCGGGAGCCCGCGGGCCAGCCCCGCUGCGGCUGGAUGCAGCAACGCGACCCCGAGCUAUGGGGUCCGCCUGCUGUGCAGCUGGAGCUCCGGCUCUGGCACCGCGCCUCGUAACCGUUUACUGCGGCAGCUCCUGGGGUCGCCCGGCCGCCGCUCUUACAGCCUCCCUCCGCACCAGAAGGUUCCAUUGCCUUCCCUUUCCCCAACGAUGCAAGCAGGCACCAUAGCCCGCUGGGAAAAAAAAGAAGGGGAAAAAAUUAAUGAGGGUGAUCUCAUUGCAGAGGUUGAAACUGAUAAAGCCACUGUUGGAUUUGAGAGCUUGGAGGAGUGCUAUAUGGCAAAGAUCCUUGUUGCUGAAGGGACCAGAGAUGUUCCAGUUGGAUCCGUCAUCUGUAUCACAGUUGAAAAGCCUGAGGAUAUUGAGGCCUUUAAAAAUUAUACAUUGGAUUCAGCGACAGCAACUCCGCAGGCAGCUCCAACCCCAGCCCCAGCCCCAGCCCCAGCCCCAGUCGCUGCACCAGCUACAUCUUCUGCAAGGGCUCCUGGUAGCUCCUUACCUACCCACAUGCAGGUACUUCUUCCUGCCCUCUCCCCCACCAUGACCAUGGGCACAGUCCAGAGAUGGGAAAAGAAAGUGGGUGAGAAGCUAAGUGAAGGAGACUUACUGGCAGAGAUAGAGACUGACAAGGCCACUAUAGGCUUUGAAGUACAAGAAGAAGGUUAUCUGGCAAAAAUCCUUAUCCCUGAAGGCACAAGGGACGUUCCGCUAGGAACUCCACUUUGUAUCAUAGUAGAAAAACAGGAAGAUAUAGCAGCAUUUGCAGACUAUAGGCCAACGGAAGUGACCAGCUUAAAGCCGCAGGCACCACCACCUGUCCCACCCCCGGUAGCAGCUGUUCCUCCCACUCCCCAGCCCUUAGCGCCUACACCCUCAGCUGCUCCUCCUGGACCAAAGGGAAGAGUGUUUGUUAGCCCUCUUGCAAAGAAGUUGGCAGCAGAGAAAGGGAUUGACCUCACCCAAGUUAAAGGGACGGGACCAGAAGGCAGAAUCAUCAAGAAGGACAUUGACUCUUUCGUGCCUUCUAAGGCUGCUCCGGCUGCAGCAGCUGCCAUGGCUCCCCCGGGUCCAACGGUGGCACCAGCUCCUGCGGGUGUCUUCACAGAUAUCCCCAUCAGCAACAUUCGUCGAGUGAUUGCGCAGAGGCUGAUGCAGUCGAAGCAGACCAUACCUCAUUAUUACCUAUCUAUUGAUGUAAAUAUGGGAGAGGUGCUGUUGGUACGGAAAGAGCUCAAUAAGAUGCUUGAAGGGAAAGGAAAAAUCUCCGUCAAUGACUUCAUCAUAAAAGCUUCAGCUCUGGCUUGUCUGAAAGUCCCUGAAGCAAACUCAUCUUGGAUGGACACAGUCAUAAGACAAAACCAUGUGGUUGAUGUCAGCGUUGCUGUCAGUACCCCUGCAGGGCUUAUCACUCCUAUUGUGUUUAACGCACACAUAAAAGGACUGGAAACCAUCGCGAGUGAUGUUGUUUCUUUAGCAUCCAAAGCCAGAGAGGGUAAACUUCAGCCUCAUGAGUUUCAGGGUGGAACAUUUACAAUCUCCAAUUUGGGGAUGUUUGGAAUUAAGAAUUUCUCUGCAAUUAUCAACCCACCUCAGGCAUGUAUUUUGGCAAUUGGUGCUUCAGAGGAUAAACUGGUCCCAGCAGAUAAUGAAAAAGGCUUUGAUGUGGCUAGCAUGAUGUCUGUUACACUCAGCUGUGAUCACCGAGUUGUGGAUGGAGCAGUUGGAGCCCAGUGGCUUGCUGAGUUCAGAAAGUACCUUGAAAAGCCUAUGACCAUGUUGUUAUAAUUUACUCAAGAGAUCUACACUCUCUGCUGACAUUAUAUUUAUAUGUUAUUAAACAGAUGGUUCUUUUAAAGUUU